GGGGAGAAAAGUUAACUGGAGAAAUUGGGGCUAGGAGAGAUGCAAUGAUCUUGCACCAAGUGGAUGUGCCAUGUCUGCAUGCAAAUAGCGCGUCUGGAGAAGCUCAGAGGGAUGUCUUACAAGUGAUCUGCGUGAUCUCCGUAGAAACGCUCACCUCUGCCUGCAAACUUUCCCCUGCUAGAACUUGGGAGGAAUAAAAAAGCGUCAGAAAGUCAAAAAGGGGGAAGAUCUCAGCGGACAGAAACGCUUGAGCUAAACUGUUGCACCCCGACCUGGGGCUCUGGUGCGAGCAUCCCACCGGUGUCUCCUGGGCUCCCAACUGACUGGCGGUGGGUGGCGUUGGCCAAGGUGCCCGGCAGCGUCCCCAGCCUUGGGGACGGGCCGAGCAGCAUGCUGGCUGCGGCGCCCACGGCCGGCCAGCAAACCCCGCGUGCCUGACCCGCCGGUGGUGCCGGGGCGGUGGCGGCCAUGGCUGCAGCCAUCGCCAGCUCCCUGAUCCGCCAGAAGAGACAAGCCAGGGAGCGGGAGAAGUCCAAUGCCUGUAAGUGUGUCAACAGCCCAAGCAAGAGCAAGGGAAGCUGCGACAAGAACAAGUUGAAUGUGUUUUCCAGGGUCAAACUCUUUGGCUCCAAGAAAAGGCGAAGAAGGCGACCAGAGCCUCAGCUUAAAGGUAUAGUAACAAAGCUAUACAGCAGGCAAGGAUACCACUUGCAGUUGCAAGCAGAUGGAACAAUUGAUGGAACAAAAGAGGAAGACAGUAGUUAUACUUUGUUUAACCUCAUACCUGUGGGUUUACGAGUGGUGGCGAUUCAGGGGGUUCAAACAAAAUUAUAUCUGGCAAUGAACAGUGAAGGAUACCUAUAUACAUCAGAACAUUUUACACCUGAAUGCAAGUUCAAAGAAUCAGUAUUUGAAAACUACUACGUGACAUAUUCUUCAAUGAUCUACAGACAGCAGCAGUCUGGCCGGGGUUGGUAUUUGGGUCUUAACAAAGAAGGAGAAAUAAUGAAAGGAAACCACGUGAAGAAAAAUAAACCUGCAGCACACUUUCUUCCAAAACCAUUAAAAGUGGCCAUGUACAAAGAACCUUCUCUCCACGAUCUCACAGAGUUCUCAAGAUCUGGAAGUGGGACCCCAACAAAGAGCAGAAGUGUUUCAGGAGUGCUAAAUGGGGGUAAAUCCAUGAGCCAAAACGAGUCAACGUAGCCAGGUUCAGGCAAGCCAAGUGCUCUCUAAACAGAACCUUACCUCUGGAUGCAGUUGAAUUCUUACUAGCAGUCUUUCAUCCAAAUGUUCAAUUGCCCAGGACAAGCCACCGAACUUGCAUAGGUCACUCGUUUAUCAGCCAUUAGAUCUACUGGUUGUCAAAGGAUAUACCCCAAUUAUGUAGAAUAUGCCUGUGCAUAUCACAAGGCAGUUGGAUAGCCAGCAAACGUAACUGCGGAAUAAAUCUCGGAGAAGAAAUGUCCAGCUCUUUCUCUCUCUCACUUUUUCUUUCUCUCUUUCUCUCUCUCUCCUAUGCUUUGUGGAAUCCGAAACAAAAACAUUUCACAGCAUUCACUGCUGAUAAGAAUUUGCUUUCCAACUCAGAAAAAGACCACUUUUGCUCUUCAAAGGAAAUUUUAAUGCUUGUAUGUUUUAUAGGGGCAAACAAAAAACAAAUAUGUAAACUCUGUUGUUUCCUUGGCUUACCGUUUUAUAUCUAAGGCUUGAUAAAAAAAAAUGUAUCCUUUAAUUUGGAAUAGUGCUUUUUGAUUUCUGAACUCCAAUGGGUCUUUAAAGCUAUGUCUUUAAAAAAAAAAUAAUUAAAAAAUCAGGGUUGGAACUGAGAGUUGGUGUCUCAGGCUCAAGCAGUGUUCUUGUGGUUUUAAACACAAUGAAAUAUAAAUUUUUAUAGAUUUGUAGUUUCUGGUAAAGUUCUUGUGCUAACCCCAGUCUGUAGGAAUUGAGUUGUUUUGUUAUCCCAAGUGGAAGUUAACAGAAAGGGAUAAAAUUAUCCUCCAGUGUAGAUUUCUCUUAAUUCCAUUUUGUGUGUCUUGUUAAACUAUUGUUGUGGCUUCUUUUCUAAAGACAGAAACUGUGGAAUUAAGGUGACUUAAUUUUUUUAUAAGAAACGUCUUAUUUGUAAAAGUCCUUUCACUGUAACGGGCACGUGAAUAUUGUGUAGGAGGAAGCGUUAGGACAGGUUACCCCUAAACAACAUAUACUUAUACAUGCUAUUGGAAACAAUUGUUUAAAAAAUGUAGUUAGGUUUCCAUUUAGGUCAUCAUGUCUGUUGCAUGGGAGAAAGUUGGAAUAUUGGCAUAGAGUUGCAUGAUGUGUAAGAUUUUGUGCAUUAAUCAUCGUUGGAUUCUGUGCUCCAAAACUGAAUUAGUUCUGUACAGGCAGCUUUCUGCCUGGUACAAAGGAGUUGUUUAUUAUUUGUUGUAUACACAACCAUGCACUGAAUAAACUAUUUAUAUUAAGAUGUACUUUUUAAAAAAGCUUGUUUGAUUAAAUGCUGUACAUCUAUGAUUAAUUUAAAGGGAAAAGGGUUGGCAAUUAAAUUAAAAAGUUAUAAAAGAUAUUGUAAUUAAUGUUCAAAAUCUUUCUGUGUGGUGGGUCAUUCCCCUGUAUUGCCAUACACUAUACAAAUUAGAACAUGUUCUUUCUUUUGGAUAUUUUUAGAACUGGUCUUCUGUGCCCAGCUGAGAUACUCAAAACACCGUGACGAUUCAGUGCCACAAAGUCUUGGUAACGCCCCCUCUGCCGUGCGCUGCUGGAGCCCCAGUGAAUUGCACUUCUCUGCUUUGAGCUUUCCCAGCUUCUCCGUGUCUGCCCUCCCUGUCAGACUUUCCAUAGUGCAGCCACGUAGCGCUACCUCGCAGCAAACCUCCUCAGAGCCCCCAGCACGGAGAUCCCAAAAUGAUCUGGGAAGUCCAGUCCUGCUUGUGCCUGGUGGCACCUGAAUGAUGCCCAGUGUUUGCUGUGCAUCACUGCAGGUACAUUUAUCAGCCAGCUUUAUCUGGUCUUGAGGAAAAAAAGCUCCCACAGCCUUCUGCCUUUGUGCACAUGCUCUGGAGAGAAAACAUCCCUCUCUCCUGCCUUUUCUCUCCAAAAACAUCCAUGAAAACUUUUCUCCUCUACAGCAUCCAGGCAGCUCUGACAGGUGAGCUUCACUCACCAAGGUUUUUCAAGAAGUCCUUGCAGGGAAAAGUUUUCAUCAUGGGUGGUGGAAGAACCAGGUAUGUUAGUCUGAAACUAAAAUCAGAUAUUCCGUUGUCUGCUCUGUAUUUCUCCCACUUGACCCAGCUGGAAUUUAACCAGCUGGGACAGUGCUUGGGAUUUUUCUAAGGUUAGGGCUGAGAAAGGAGGGCAGAAGAUCAUGUUUCAGAUCAAACCCCCAGAUUCAUCACUUUGUGGCAAAUAGUAUGUAAAGAGCUCUGGCCUGCUAAGCUCCCAUAGUGGAGCAGGGUGUUACUGUCCCCAGAUAGCACCUGAUGACCUUCAGAGGGCCCAGGGGACCCCAGCUUGCCCCUUUACAUAGGUUGAAUAAAGUGGGAGCACAACUAGUGCCAGAGAAAAUCUAAAAAAUUGAAGUUAUGGUCAUGAUUGCCCCAGAGGUUUUGAUAACUCAGUGGGUCUGGAGCACCUGUUCCCUUAAGUGUGGGAUGCCCUUGGGAAACAUUUCUCUUAACUCUCCCACCCCUAAAAAUCAAACUUAUUGGGGUACAUGUUCCAAAAAAGGAAUCUGAGUGCCUUAGGAACAUAAAACCUGAUUUAGAAACAGGCAUAUCUGUAGCAAAGCUAGUUAAGUGCUGAGUGUUUACUAUCCUAAAUAUAACUGGACCUGCUCUGCUGCUUUACUUUAUAGCUGCAGUCUUCCUGUUAUUCUCCACCCCAAGUACUUCCAACCUUGAAGGUCAUCUGAAGUGGAAGGAAAAUGUUUGUCCCACAAAUCAUCCCUUCUGAGGUCUGUGGUCUGACCCAUCUUUUGUACUGACAUUGGCAUCAGCUGUGAGCAUUCACUGCCAAAUCUCUAGUUCCAAAGCUUUCUAAUAUACCAAGCUAACAAAUGCCACUCUUGGAUAGAGAUGAGAAGAGAGAUGUGGUGAUAGAUGAGCCAUAAACAGAUGUUUCUGACAAUUAUAUUAAAUUUCUUUCAAACCUGUUCCAACAAUAGUUUUUCCCUCAGAUUAUUGAGGACUGAAAACACAAUAAUCUUGAUAGAGUCCUGAUAGUAGACAAAAGCUCAUGUACUCUAUGAGCAAAGUGGGGUAUUAUACCCAGGGUUUUACAUGUAGUCUCUGGAGCCAAAACUAGGAUUUAAUAAGGAAAAUCAGAAUUAAAUGUGAAUUUACAGACAGUGAGUGAAGGUGACCUUCUAGUCCAGCCAGUAAAGUGAAGACAAGAAAAGAAUGCGGCUUCAUCAGAGGACCAGACUAAGGAGUCAGACUCCAAAAUAUGUAUUUAUCUUUUACCACCCAUAAAUUAGAAAGUUACACAGAUGUCUUCUGCAUAAUACUUUCCUUUAAGAUACCUGCUAGAUAUUAGGAAGAUGUCCAUUUGGAUGGUUGUCUAACAAAUGAAAAAUUAUACCCACUGGUAAACCUGCUUUGCUCUGCCAUGGGUACAACAGCAGAAUCCAGUGAGAUGCACACCUGGAAUAAGGAAAAGCCCCAGGACUGGUAUGAAUCCAAGCCCUAAGCUGUCUGUGAGCCACUGACCAUCUGCAGAAGAUGGUCUCAGGCCCUCUGUUAUCGCCAAGCCGGUGACUAAUGCCUUUCACCUGCCAUUUCACUUGGCCCUGCCUCUCCAGCAGUGCUGCCCACAAUCCAUGCAGCACACCAUGGGCCUGGAGUUGGCUUAGAAGGUGAAAAUCCAUCACAGAAGCUUCCUGAUGCACCUGGGCUUCACUUGGCAAAGCCCUGAGCCACCACAGGGGUUGUGCAGAGACCUUAUGAGAGGCUGACAAAUGCUACCUGCCAACCCAAAAGAAAACAGGUCACCCAUGAAAUUGGGAGGAAAACUGCUAGGAGCAUAAUUAUUAUGAGGCAAAAAUGCUGCUUUUUUGUGAUCCACCUGUCAGAGCUGCUUCCUUGGAGGUCUAUGCAGGGGGCUCAGGCACUGCUGCUUAGCCUGGUCUUCGGAUGAGAGAGGGUGGGAAGAGGUCUUCUCUCUUUCUUUUUUCCUUUUUUUUCCUUUUAAUUUACCUCAUGCUACCUCAUAGCAUGGUUGUACCUCCGUAGCCACUUGCUCAGCCGUGUUCAUCGCUGGCACGAUGGAAGACAAUUCCCUACUUUGGGAAAAUAUCUCCCAAGUUAGCCCAGGGAAGAACAGUGCCCCUUCUGCAGCACCGUCUGGUGUCCCCACCACUGGUUCCCAGCCCACAGGCCAGGUCUUCCAGUGGGAUAAAGACGGUCUAAUGAGCUCAGGGAUGCUGUGGUACGCCAGGCCUCUCCCCAGCUGAGCACCAGCGUGAGAGCCAGGUCUGGCAGAGCUCUGCUGUGUCUUGAGUAUCUCUGCGUGGAGACCAGAGCCAGUUCUAAUGGGUUUAAAUGUCUCCCCGACAUAUCCUUGACCAGGACUCUUUUGCAGGACAGAAUCUGUAUGUAACAACCUCCUAUCUUCUAAUAAAUGAUUCUCUCUAAAACAGA